AUGGAGCCUCUUCUUUCCCUUCAAGGUCUCAUAUCACAUGUUGAUGGCUCAGUUGAUUCCCCAAUUCACACUGUUACCACUAAUAAUAAAACCUCCCCUAAUCCUGAGUAUGUUUCAUGGCUUGCUGCUGAUCAACGCACCAUAGUGCUCAUCAAUGCCACGCUAUCGGAGGAAGCGAUGACUAACCUCCGUGAUCAGCUUUACACUCUUCUUAAAGGGUCUAAAUCUGUGGCUGACUUUGGUCGUCAAUUAAAGGGAUUGUCGGACCAAUUGGCGGCGAUCGGAUAUCCGGUUAACCGGGAUGACCAGACUCACUGGUUCCUUUUUGGUCUAGGACCCUCUUUUGAGUCAUUUUCUGCCAUCAUCAAAUCGGUUCAGCCCCCACCAUCUCUUCAGGAUCUUAUUUCCAAAGCCGAAAGCCAUGAAAUGUUUUUUCGGUCGUUACAUGCAAACAAUCAGCCUCCAUUUGCUUUCACAACCCAAGCCGAUCACACCAACACUCCUGUGCGUGGUCGUCGUUCUUCUCGUUUCGCUGGAUCUAGUAACCGUGGUGGUCGCAAUGGUGGUCGUGGUUAUAAUCGGCGACUGCCCCAUUGCCAACUGUGCCGUCAAUCGGGCCAUUAUGCCUCUGCAUGCCCCUCAUUGUCCACUUUUGCUAAUCGCCACAAUUCGGUUGAUGAGAGCAUUGCUAAUGCUUUCUUAUCUAAAUGUGUUGUUAAUGAAUCUCGUCCCGAUUGGUUUGCUGAUUCGGGAGCAAUGGACCACAUGACUCCCAAUGAUCAAAAUGUCAUCAACACCACUCCAUCUUCAGGAACCUUUUCCAAGCUUUCUUACAAGACCCAAACCCUCGAUUACAGACUCCGGCCUGGAUUCGAUUCUUUGGUUCUUCAAUUGGCGCCAUCCGAUCUCACAGCUCACAGUCCUUCACUUUGGUGA